UUAAGAUACACACAAUUAUUAACGUUUUGAGCUGGCACCACUAUUACCAAUCUAUUACAUUUAAGCAUCCCAUCAACUGUCAAAUUUGACGUUCUUUGCAGCCUGCAAGCAAGAAAGAAAUCGGCGAGCUAUUGUAUUUACUAAGGCGACCACCAAAACGACAGUAUGGGUAAUGCUUAUGCACGUGCCAUUAAGCCGGAUGUGACGCCCGGUCCAGAUUGUGUGCCCUCAUUCGACCCAAUGUUGGGUUUCGAAUCGCGCAAGGAGCGUGUCAUGAUUGCGACAGUCGAAGAGAUGGAAUCUGCAAAACUGCCACUUGAAGAUCGCGACUACUGUGCACACAAGUUGCUCAAAUAUCGUGCUUGCCGUGCCGAUACCUUCCCGUUUGUAUAUAAAUGUCAUCAUGAGAAACAUGACUAUCUGACAUGCGAAUACGAGGACUACGUGUUGCGUAUGAAGGAAUUUGAACGGGAGCGAAGAUUGCUCGAACGUCAAAAGCAGAUCGAGAAACAGAAUGCUUAGAAUUAGGAUAUUAAAUGCUUAAACCAAUUUUAUUAAACAAAUGUGGUUGCAGUUGACGAUUUCGGGUAUAUAUGCGUAUAUACAGUGGAAUACAGUUCGUUAAAAUAUAAUUUGUAAUGGUUUUCUUUUUAUAGUUCUGCUGUCACUAAACUGCAUGGACCGCUAUAAAAUAAUUGCACAGUGUCACAUACAAUUUUCAAGCAAAUAGUCAAUGAAAAUAUAUUCUAUAAAUAAAGCGGAACUAAAUAAACGACGAAAGUUAAGGUA